AUGGCCAGCGACCUUGAGCACCUUCCCAUAGGGAGACAAUGCUUGCGUGAGGACCUCGCUGGGGGCGCGGCACGGCUGGAACAGAACGGUGACUUGAGUGACUUGGGGUCCCAAGGGUACGACAGCAACGCGCUCUCCUCUGAUGAUGAGGUGGGACGCAUCGACGAUUUGAGCCAGAGCGGACUCACUGCUAAUGGUGACUUGUGGGACGAUACUGGCCUACUGUCUACGAGCAUCUCCAACACCGGUAACACAUGGGAAGUGAGCGUCAAGGUGGCGGAACCAAACCUUCGCGGGGGACCUCUGCAACACCACUACCAACUGGAUCGGUUUCAUGCCCACUGGGGCAAGACCAACAACACCGGCAGCGAGCACCGUGUCGACGGGAAGCAGUAUGCCGGUGAACUGCACUGGGUUCAUUUCAACGCCGACAAGUACAAGUCAUUCGUGGAGGCAGCUUCAUCUGAAGAGGGUCUCGCCGUGGUGGCUGUGUUCUUGGAAGAAGGUGCAGCUAGCCCGCUGCUUCGGAGCGUCGUCGACUGCAUCCCGCACAUCAAGCACAAGGGCAUGAAGCGGGUACUGCAGCAGCCUCUAGACGUCUCCUCACCGAUUCCAACCAGCAGUAGCUACUGGACGUACGAAGGCUCGCUGACGACACCACCGUGGUACGAGAACGUCACCUGGAUUUUAUACAAGCAGCCCACCAAAGUGUCACCCGAACAGUUGGCAGCAUUCCGCACGCUGAUGUCGUACGAGGAGAAAGUCGAUCCGCAGAAGUCAUCCGAUGGUCCAAUUGAGUGCAACGUGCGUGCUCCACAGCCUCUUGUGCGACGCAUCGUGCGGGAGCCCCUGAAGAAACAGGACGACAGAGGCCCUCGUUCAAAGGGGCAGCCUUCUUCUACGGAGUAUUCACAACUUCUGCAAAAGAAGAAAUAA